GACCGUACCACUAGAUAAGAUAUAGGGGUGGAGCCAACCAGCAACAACAACCCCCAGCCAAUUCAGCACCUGGAUAGCUCCUGUCGAUUUAUUAGGCGGCUUCGUCUCCAUUCCAGUUGGGCUACGUUAUCUGACAAUGCCGUUGGAGCAAAGAGUACGAGGGAAUACCGGUUUUAUUGAUUUUUUGGAGAAGGACGGCAAACACGUCCACGUGUGCGGCUUUUACAGGUUGAAACGGUAAAGAGGGAGAGGGAGAAUUGCGCAGAGAAACAGACGGAGGGUGGACCAGCGCUAUUGUUUUCAUCGAGGCGCUAGCGCCACUUCCAAUAUUAGCCGAUGAAAGGAAACGUGCGUCUGUCUGAAACAUUUAUUUAUGCCGGCUAGCAAUUUUCUACUAGGAACAUUGCAUUUGAAUCACGGGUGGACUCUGUUAUUGUCGACUUCACGUCUGGAUUACAAUCGAAGAUGCCUCUCGGAUCGCGGCUAACGUUCGUGUUCCUGUUCCUGUGCAGCAUCAGCAACAUUGACUUGGCGUCCACAGCAUCCCGUAAGUGUGAGGACUCCCUGGCCACACCCCUUCCCUACAGCUCCUUCACCGGCUCCUCCGUCUACGCCACCGGCUACGGAGCCGGCUACGCCAAACUCAACCGGAGGGGAGGCUCCGGGGGCUGGUCCCCAGUGGACGCCGACCGCUACCAGUGGCUCCAGGUGGACCUGGGCUCCAGGAAGAAGGUGGUCGCCGUGGCAACGCAGGGCCGCUACAGCAGCGCCGAUUGGACGAGGCGCUACCGGCUGCUGUACAGCGACACGGGCAAGAACUGGCGGCCCUUCCUCCAGGACGGGAACAUCUGGACGUUUGAGGGCAACUCCGACAGCGAGGGCGUGACGCGGCACGAGCUCCUGCGCUCCAUCGUGGCGCGCUACGUCCGCUUCGUCCCGCUGCAGUGGAGCAAGGAGGGCCGCAUGGGGCUGAGGGUGGAGGUGUACGGCUGCUCCUACUGGUCGGAUGUCGUCAGUUUCGACGGCCAAGGUGUCAUCUCCUACCGCUUCAGUAGUAAGACGAAGAAGAUCAAGUUCCUCACGGACCUCAUCUCCCUGAAGUUCCGGACCAGUGCGGGCCACGGCGUGCUGCUCCACGGGGAGGGGCAGCAGGGCGACUACAUCUCCCUGGAGCUCCAGCGUGCACGCCUCGUGCUCAGCAUUAACCUGGGCAGCAACCAAUACGGCUCCAUCCAGGGCCACACGGCGGUGACCAGCGGCAGCCUGUUGGACGACGACCACUGGCACUCGGUCCUCAUCCAACGCUAUCGCAGGAACGUGAACUUCACGCUGGACCAACACACGCAGCCGUUCAGGACCAACGGGGAGUUCGACCACCUGGACCUCGACUACGAGAUCUCCUUCGGGGGCUUGCCCGCCUCCAACAAACCCAGCUCAGGCGGCCGGGACAACUUUGUGGGCUGCAUGGAGGGCAUCGUCUACAACGGAGACAACAUCACCAGCCUCAUCCGCAGGAAGAAGGUGGACACCUCCAGCUUCAGGAACCUGACCUUCUCCUGCUCGGAGUCGCGCUCCUUCCCGGUGUUCUUCAACUCGUCGUCCUUCCUGCAGCUGCCGGGCCAGGGCGACAGCGACACGCUGUCCGUCAGCCUGUCCUUCCGCACCUGGAACCCCAGCGGCCUGCUGGUGUACACGGCGCUGGCUGACGGCGUGGUGGAGGUCGGCCUCGCCGACGGCAAGGUCACCGUCUACAUCAACGUGACGCAGAGGAAGAACACCCGCAUCGACAUCUCCUCGGGGUCCAACCUGAACGACGGCCAGUGGCACACGGUCCACCUCAACGCCCUGGAGAACUACGCCAUGCUGACCAUCGACGGCGACGAGGCGUCCACCGUGAGGACCGCCAUCCCCAUCCAGAUCACCACCGGGGGCACCUACUACUUCGGAGGCUACUUCCUGCGCACCAACACGCCCCCGCUGCAGCGCUCCUUCCAGGGCUGCAUGCAGAUGAUCCACGUGGACGACCAGCUGGCCGACCUGCGGGCCGUGGAGCAGGGCCUCAUCGGCAUGUUCCAGAACGUCAGCCUGGACAUGUGCGCCAUCAUAGACCGGUGUGUACCUAACCAGUGUGAGCACGGCGGUCGCUGCUCCCAGACCUGGGACUCGUUCAGCUGCAUCUGCAACGGGACCGGAUACAGAGGAGCCACCUGCCACACCUCGGUGUACCAGCAGUCCUGUGAGGAGGUCCUGCACCUGGGUAGGGCCCCCGGGGGCCACUGGGUGGACCCCGACGGCAGCGGGCCCCUGCAGGCCCUCCGCGUCAGCUGUGACCUGACAGAGGGCACGGUGUGGACGUCAGUGAAGAACAACCUCUCACCUCAGACAGCCGUCACCGCCCUGGACCAGGAGGGGAAGGCCGUCCUCCGGCUGGACUACAACAUGAGCACAGAACAGGUGUACGCAGUCACCAGCGGGGCCGACUACUGUGAGCAGCACAUCGCCUACACCUGCCGCAUGUCCCGCCUCCUCAACUCACCAGACGGCGAGCCGUACACCUGGUGGGUCGGGCGGGCCAACGAGAAGCACCUCUACUGGGGCGGCUCGGGCCCGGGGAUCCAGAAGUGCGCGUGCGGGAUCGAGAGGAACUGCACCAGCGCCAAGCACCAGUGCAACUGUGACGCGGACCAGCGGCAGUGGAGGGAGGACGCCGGGCUGCUGGUGUACAAGGAUCACCUGCCCGUCAGCCAGCUGGUGGUGGGGGACACGGGCCGGGCCGGGUCGGAGGCCAAGCUCACCGUGGGGCCGCUGAGGUGCCGCGGAGACCGUGACUUCUGGAACGCGGCGUCGUUCAUAAGCCCCGCCUCCUACCUGCACUUCCCCUCCUUGAAGGGCGAGACCAGCGCCGACAUCUCCUUCUACUUCAAGACCUCCUCCACCUACGGGGUGUUCCUGGAGAACCUGGGGACCACCGACUUCAUACGCAUCGAGCUCAAAGCCACGUCGGUGAUCAGCUUCUCCUUCGACGUGGGGAACGGCGGCGUGGAGCUCACCGUGCGCUCGCCGUCGCGCCUCGACGACGGCCGCUGGCACCGCGUGGAGGCGGAGCGCAACCUGAAGGAGGCGGUGCUGAGUCUGGACGGCCGUUACCGUGACGCCCGGGCCGCCCCCGCCCAGGGACACAUCCGGCUGGAGCUGUUCAGCCAGCUGUACAUCGGAGCCUCGGGGGGCCAGCGGGGGUUCCUGGGCUGCAUGCGCGCCCUGCGGCUCAACGGCGUGACCCUUGACCUGGAGGAGAGGGCCCGGGUGACCCCAGGGGUCAAGCCCGGCUGCCAGGGACACUGCAACCACUUCGGCGUGCACUGCCGCAACGGGGGCGUGUGCGUGGAGCAGUACGACGGGUACUCCUGCGACUGCUCCCACACGGCCUACGAUGGACGCCUCUGCACCAACGACGUCGGCGGCUACUUUGAGUCGGGGACGCUGGUGCGCUACGACUUCCCGUCAGAGGCGGGGCCCCCUGCCUCCGGGGCCGCCCCCCGGGGCCCCCAGGGCACCGCCCUGCUGGGCGAGACCAACCUGACGCGGGAGGAGCUGGUGUUCAGCUUCAGCACCUCCAACGCCCCCGCCAUCCUGGUCUACGUCAGCUCCAAGACCCAGGACUACCUGGCCGUGGUGCUGCGCAACAACGGCACCCUCCAGGUCCGCUACAGCCUUGGGGGUCUCACGGAGCCCUACACCAUCGACCUGGACCACCGCAACAUGGCCAACGGCCAGCCGCACCACGUCAACGUCUCCAGGGAGCAGCGCAGCAUCCACCUGCAGCUGGACCACUACCCCGUGACCACCUACACCCUGCCCGACGCCUCGGACACCCACUUCAACCUGGUCAAGACCAUCUUCCUGGGGAAGGUGUUCGAGACGGGUGAGAUCGACCCGGUGCUGAUCGACCGCUACAACACGCCGGGCUUCGUGGGGUGCCUGUCCCGGGUCACGCUGAACGGCGUGGCGCCCCUGAAGGCCGCGCUGCGCCCCGGCCCGGCGGCCGCGCUCGUCACCGCCCACGGCAUCCUGGUCCCGUCCAACUGCGGCGCCCAGCCCCUCACCAUCUCCCCCCUCGGCGCCGCCCACGACCCCUGGCAGAUGGACACCGCCGGCGCCGUGUUCCCAUACAACAACGAGAUGAUCAGCCGCGAGAAACUAGACCACAACUCUGCCGUCAUUGGAGGGAUCGUUGCCGUGGUGAUCUGCCUGGCCCUGGGCGUGCUCGUGUUCCUGGUGCGUCACAUGUUCCGCCACAAGGGCUCCUACCACACCAACGAGGCCAAGGGGGCGGAGUCGGCCGACUGCGCCGACGCCGCCAUCAUCGUGAACGACCCGGCGUUCACCGAGACCAUCGAGGAGAGCAAGAAGGAGUGGUUCAUCUAGCGCUCCGGGGCGGGGGAGCGAGGACGCCCGGUGACUGACCCCCGGGGAAGCGCGGAGCGAUUUAUCAAAAAAAAGAAAAAAACAUCAACAAAAAAAAUACUGCAACGGUCAAAAACUGCAAAGAAACUGUGGCUUUUCAUUCUCUGUUACUCGACGCAGCGGGGGGGCAUGAAGUGAGGCGUGCGCCUGCUCUGUGUUCCUACAUCCUCCCCGUCUUUAACAUACGUCAGCGCCUGAUGGAGGAGGGGCCGUCCUCCCGCUACAAGUUCCCCGGAGGUUUGAGGAGGUGGAUUAUAGCAAGUUUUGGGUAAAUGAGUUUUAUCAUUUGUUUUACACUAUCUUCUUUAGUGUUCCUAAGGUUGCCACUAUUAUUUUGUUUUAUUAUUUAUAUUUUAUUUGGAGUUAUUAUAUUUUUACAUGUAUUUAUUAAUGCUAAGCCAAUGAUUUUUCAUAAAUCUGCUUUACAGUAUUUUUAUUACUUUUACGCCUUUUUUUGACAACCUUAAUGUGUGUGUGAGUGUGUGUGUGUGUGUGUGUGUGUGUGUGUGUGUGUGGAUAUUUACCCUGCCUGUCCUCAAUGAACUACACAAAAACAGCAGCAAGAAAAGCAUAUAUGUCUUGACAGUAUUCUUUGGACUAAGAACGGAACUAGUUAGUACUUCAUUCUGGGAUAUUUUUUUGCAUUUCCAUAACGCCUGGCAAAGUGUCUUAACGAAUAAUGAGCUUUGAUUGUAUGUGGAUACGUUUAAUGUUUGCAUCUUUUUUAAACACACACUACGUAUUCUAAAAUGUUAAUGCCUUUCUUUUUCUUCAGUAUUUUUUGUUGCCAAAUUGAAGUGUUUUUUUUAAAUAACACUGAUCAUAAACGUUCCCAAGUCCAUCAAAAUGAUACGAGCCUUUGUCUCUGAGGGAAGUAAAUCAGUAAGUGUUAGUAGCAACAUCUGUUCAAAUGCAAUGUGUCGUGGUCAAAAACGUGUGCAUCCACGAACCUUAUGACAUUACAGAUAAAUUGCUUACAACUCGUCAUAAUUACUAAGAGAUGAGGUUUAAAAAACUUUUCUUAUUCAAAUUUGAGUAUCAUUAUCUUCAGUGCCGUACCCCUGGAUGGUAUAUUUGAUUGACAGAUGGACUAAGAAUCCCCCUUUUGCUUUUGAGAUGCAAACGAAUGAAACUUUUUGUACGUCUGAAACUCAUGUAGAAAAACCAACCUUACAAUGUUGGACACAUUGACAUGUGAUUGUAUGUUAUGUGUAUAGCUCACUGCACACUGUCUUUCUCUUCUCUCCACUAGAGCAGGCUACAUUGUCACGCUGGACAGCGGAUGACACAUUUCUCUUUCUUCACCAACACGAUGUUUAUUACAAACGCACUUCACACGUUCAUUUUUUACAAUCUUUUGGAUAUCAACGAUCAUAUUCAGCUGCAUGCAAACCACGCCUUACAUUCCACUGGGGCUGAUAGGCUGGUGACAGGCUGGUUAUGGGCGGGUGCCCAGCCAUUACACCAGUUAGACGCACUGCUACAGCCCUGGCUACUGCAGUUGUGUUUCUGAAACUGCAGUUGAGUUUCUGAGUUGGGGUCGUUCCGGUGGUUCGAGGUUAUUGCUGGGUUUCUUUAAUAUCCUACAUGUACGCUAGGCAGUUUAUUGUCUCACUUUCAUGGAAGCAUUGAGGUUUUUUCAUUGUAAACUGGUUGGAUUAGUUAAAAACUUAGCCUCGACUAAGUUAAACAAAUAAGAAGUUUGGGCCCAUCACCCCCGAAAUCACAAAUAAAGCAUUACACUAACAUUACAUUUUUGAGGGACAAAAUACAACUGGUUGAUGUCUGAUAAUCAACUUUCGAUGUUAGCUUUUGAGUUAAUUUGUCAGUAUGUUGUGAAGCUGAAACAAAAUUACUUUACUUCAUGUUUUUGUUUCAUGAAGUAGAAGAGAAAUUGUGAUUUUCAAAAAGAAAAAAAUACUUGUUUUGGGCUAUUUUCACCUUCAUCACUAGCAUGUGGCUUAAAGAUGGCGGCCAUCUUGAAAAGCCUUCUGAUAAAUAGCAAACUGUAAAUGCACCAUGGCCCACCUCACUUUCUGCACACUGCGAUAAGUCGACCACAUAUGUUAGCCGUAUAGCCCACCUGUACUGAUUUCUUGAUGUGCUCUCUGUUAGUUAUGGGUGUAGUUAUGGGCAGCUUCGCUCAACAACAUUUCUGAAGAUGAUUUUCGUGUUGGUUUGACAGUUUGUUUUGGUUGCCUCAGCAACCAGGCCAUGGCUCGGCAUGAUGCAAUGUAACAGAACUGACCUCAUCCUUCUGACCCAACAGUUUUAAAUACAUGACAGCUCGUGUCUAAAUCUACUUCCAAACAACUUUUUACUUUCAAUACACAGAUUCCUAUUUUAAAAAGGUUUUUUUUUCGCUCAAAAUCUUUUCAAUGCAUUUAGCGUUCCUAUUUUUCAAGAGCGUCGGCCUACUAUUCUCUCUGAAGCGGCUUGUCACUGUAUAUGUUCCACGACAUAAAUCGUAUUCUGCUGUUUCUUUGGUUUUUGACGACUCUGACUAGCAAAUAAACAAGCCUUGCCAUAA